AAAAAAGAUCCGAAGUCCGAGAGAAGGAGACAAAAAAGGUCAAUUGUCGAAUAUAAAAAGAUAAGUCCCGCCGCGAAGGACAAGGAUCAUGAUGUCGCAGUCCGUGUCUUCGUUUUGUUUUCGGUCGCUGGCGUUUCGCACAAAUUUGUUGUUUUCUCUCUUCACGGGCUUGGGACCCCCUUCUUCAUCUUCGGACUACUAUACAACUCCGAUCACGACUUCGAAGAAGAAGGCAGCCUCCUUCCAUCCUCGGCAAGGCUUUCAGAUCUUUGCAGCGGCAUUGUCCACUCAGACCACCCGAUCCAGUGCCGCGCAACAACCUCGAAGGAGGCCGACGAACCGGCACAAUACGCCCAUUCGGCCGACGAGACGGCCGUCAGUCACAAGUAGCGUGACCGCGGAGUCGGAACAGGACAUCGGGACCGACAAUGAGCAUUACCACCAGCGAGCGCGAGGGCAGCAGCAGCACAGAGCCGCUGCUCCGGUCGCGAUGUCCUCAGGGGCUGCGUAUGACUUCCGCAGUUCCAGUAAGGACAGCAAUCGGGGCGGAAGUGGUCGUCGUGCAGGGUCGCUUGUUGGAGGUGGAAGCAAGAACACAGUAGAUGAAACGCCUGCAUCUUCACGAGGGACAACCACCACUGCAGGGGUAGUAACGGCAUCAAGUGCGAGACAAGGAAAGCAAGGAAACUCGUCCUCCGCUGCGUCCGCCGCGAUCACAAGAACAGCGGGCACAACUACUACAGCCAACUCAGCAUUUACCCCUGCCUCGCAGCCAAAAAGGACAUCACGUGGACUUCGAGACCACGGUCAGGAGAGCGACACUGGUGGUGAACCGAUCCGACCUACACCCAGCACGACGAUCCCGGUAUUGUCCGCGACCGCGAUUCGGAAACGGUGCUCCCCCGGUUUCUACUCGGUCAGCUUUGAUCCGGAGCUGACCAAAUACGCCACCAUGACGGCCGACAAGAAAGUUCUGCAGACCAAAAUGGGCUUUCUCUUUGUCCUUUCCGAUUUGCUAGAGAACAAUCAGGAGUGGCUGGUUGCCGAUUUAACGCUGAGCAAGCUCCGGCGCUGCAGGUGCCGCGAGAAUAAAUUGGUGCUGCAUUUCGAGCAAAACAACGCCCUGUUGGUGGAGAAAAUCGUGCCAGAGCUGACCACGAAGAAGCAGAUGACAGAGAUCGCUCCUGGAACGGGGAUAUUUAGCUUCGCGGAACAUCAAGUAGCCGGUGGAUUUGACGGGACAAGUGGUGCAAACCCGACAGGCUUGUUGCCACCGCCACCGAGUAGCGACUCUACCUCUCACCACAACGAGGGGUCGACGUUGCUGCACCAGACCCGGAGCUUCGUUUUCGGCGGCGUGGAGAUCUCGAAAUCGCAGAACAGCACGUUGCAGCGGAUGUUGACAUCUUCAAACAAUAACUCCAACAAUCUGCUCGCCGUUUCAACCGGCUCCUCCGCCUCGGCGGUGGCUGGGGGGCCGGCGGGAAGCGGUUCGGGCGCGGGUGCACCACCACAGAAAAUCACAUUGGAGCCAGCGGAAGAAAACACAGAAGGAGCAAGGGUGAAAAAUGAUGCGGGAACGGAAAUAGAGCUAGAGCCGCAGUUGCGCGAGAAGCAGCAAGGAGUCGUUCUCGCCGUGCAAGAUUCCGAAGAAUUCAAGGACUACAUUCACCAACGCCGGGACCUGGCCUGGAGCCACGCCGAGCCCGUGAAGAAACUAUGACAGUGCACAACUCCCCCUCCCCCUCAUUUGUCAUGCAAAAUACCCAAUCCACCCAUUGCUUCUGAGCACUGUUUGCAUGACAAGUUCUGGUAGCCCAAAUAGCACUACACUCCAGUGCAAAUUUGUCACGCAAAACCGGCAUCCUUUUCCUUGCUGAUGCCUGUAUUGCUGUUCAUGCUAUACAAAUGAGGGGGAGGGGGAGUUGUGCACUGUCAUAGAAACGGAACAAAGUCGUGAAACCGAACCAGGACCUCUCGUUUCUGCUGGAAAACGUAGCGGCACCGCCAAAGCGGUACAUGCGGUCCAGGGGAGGUGGUGCCGGCCACGCGAAGAAAUUUGUGGAGCUGAAUAACCGGCCAGGUGCAAGUUUUUGUGGUGUGAUGUACACUACAGCUUCGGCAUGUUGAGAAAUCAUCAUCCACACUUUUUUUUUUUGAGACGAUAAAAAAUGUUCUCACACACACUCUCACCACAUGCAAUGUCGUGGACAGUGUGUUACUAGGCGCAUGAUGCUGCCCAAAGAAGUACGUACAGAUGAACUACGGACGCAGAGGAAAUCUAGAAAACAAAUCAUUAUUUAAUCUGCAGGCUCCACUCUCGAGGCGGGCGUGUACAUGAGCCCGAUCAACCCGAAGGUCGGUCUGGUUCUGGACAAGCACCGAACCACAGGCCAGUUUUCCGAGGUGUCCCCGAGCGUUCUGAAGGACAAGGUGAAAAUCCCGAAGCUCGGUGUGAACCUGUUCAAGAGCAAAAUGCGAAACGUGAAAACCGCGGCGAAUGACGAGGAAACGAAGCGGCAAACGUCGAUGCUGCUGCACGGAGUGGAGGUACAAUUCUCGCACAGCCUAGACGCGCCGACAGAAGGAGACGGUGGAGUUGCAGGGCAGAAAUCUCUGACCACGCUAGUACCCGCGCCAGCAUUACCUUUCUCAACUUCUGCGUGUCCUGCACCUCCGGGGGCUCGUGUGGAACGACUGGUCCAACCUCUGGCCGCUCAGGUCCUGGACGCCAGCCCGGAAGUGAUGUACAACUGCAUGAAGUCGCUCGAGCUCUCCAUGGAGAUGUUUGACCUCUUCCAAGACGAGGAGUUGGAAGACGAGGAAUUGUGCGAAGACGAAAUGAAAGACCACGAAGUGACGCACGAAGGAGACCAGGACCCGGACCGGGAAGACCUCGAUCUGUUGAACUCGGAAAACGAAGGGGCAGCUGGUACUAGGUCUAGGAACUGCACGACGAUGAAAAGAUCAACACGGGUUAACAGCCGAAAACCGACCGCCGAAUUUGUUCACCAAGAGGUCCGAACCCCGCCCGCCGCCGCGAUGCUGUCGAUGAGUAACUCGCAGGUGAGUCUGCAGCAACUGCACCAGUCGGGCUUGAGCUACACCACCGCCGACGAGGCUGCUGAGCAAGCAUUGGAGCGGAAAAACGAGCCCUGGCGGGACUUGUUUCACGAGGAGGUCGCGUUGCGCUUCUUUCGCGAUUUCUCCCUGGAAUUCUUCGGGCACGAGGGAGAGAAAAACGGGAAAAGCAUGGCGGGCAUUUACCAGAAGGACGAGAUUGUGACAACCGUGCGGCGGGAGGGAAACACCGAUGCGAAACUGCCCCUGACGGUUUUGAGUGCCAUCAAGGCAGCGGGAUUGCUGCAGGGAUUUGUUGGUACUGCAACUUCUACUUCUGCUCCUGGUCACCAGCAGGUGGGGAUUGACCACAUGAUCCAGAGCGCAGCGACGUCCGCAGCUUCCGACAAACCUGCUGGUAUUGACUUUCUGCUCGAGAUUACGAAGGACAAAGAUCAUGACACCGCGACAGAAGAAGUCAACGCCAACAGCCACAAAGAUUACGAAGAUCUUGCGGAGAAGAGACAGAAAGCAAGAAAGAAAUUUGGGACGAAGGUAGGGAUAUUCCUGGAGAAGCAUUUCGACUUCAAAAACUUGCUGUCCGACGCAAAUCCUACACAUCAAGCUGCAGGUGCUCCCGGCGUCGAGAACGCGAUUUCCCAGUGGUCGUCGCACGACCCUGUCAACAACCCUGGAACAACCGUGACAGAUGCGCGUUCUCUAACGUCGGUAAAUAAUAACGGCACCUCCAGCGAAAGCAACAUCUUGUUCAAGGUCGGCAAUAUUAACGUAGGGACGGACCAAGGAGCCGGAGCGUCGGCGAAAUUUGUCGAGUACUCCCCGCAAGCCCAGGCUCCAGCCUUCUUUUCCCGACAAGACUCGUUGGACGACAUGCUGCCAAUAGCUCGAACGGCUUCCGAGUCCUCGGCCGCAAGCCAUGACGGAAGAGACAACAACUUAGAACCCAUCAAGAUGUUCCGAGCCGACCGUCCGUUUUCUUCUGUCGACCUCCAUUUGAUCGCUCUGGAAGAUGCGACGCGACAGACCGCCGCGGUAGACCCCACAGGUUCGUUAAUUGGUGGACCGGCUGCACCAACCCUGCAAAACAUGGAGUCCAUUCCCGAAGUGGUGAAAAACGGCCAGAACCUGGAAGUGACAUCCACUUCCCUUGCGAAAAGCAGCAACGCGGCCGGGAAUAAUCUCAACAUAGUACCAGAUCAUUCAUCGGGUACUAAUAAACAGCCCCAGCCGCCGGCAAUCAUCACGGGGGCCAGCAGCCAUAGUUUAGGGAAUUUGCUGACCCUUUCCUCGGGCUCGACUACCCCGGCGGGUGGGGCCGCCGCGGGUCAAGCACAACAAGCGCAGAUGAACCAGGAGCUAAUACCCACGAUCUCCCGGUCGACCAGCACAAGGACCACGAACACGGUGCAAACCAGCAACAUUUUCGAUGCGCACCAGAUUCUGCACGGGCCCGACACGGCGUUUCUGACGCAGGCCAUGAACAGCGAGACCGAGGAGGAGCGAAAAUCGAAAUUUGUCCGCGUGCUAAUCUCCGACGAGACCGCGUCCAUUCAGUCCGAGGAGCCGCCGCCGAUCUCCUGGCGGUUGUUUACCUUCCCCGACGAGGCGGAGUUCGCGCAGGAGGCGUACGCGCUCGUGCCGCCCGUGAAACAGUUGGUGGAGCUGUUUCGGGGGGAAGUUAGGGCGGCGUUGGAGGAAUACGAAGCGGCCAGCGAGAUGAUCAGUUUGAGCGCCACUUCGAGCACGGGGGUUGUGACAACUACCGGCUCUACUUCCAUCGCGGAGGACAGGAGGAGGGAAUUGCUCAAAACCUUCAUCCAGUCGCAUUUCGCGGCCAGUGUUGAGCCAACAUCUGUUGAUAGUGGUACUACCGCAGGAGCUAUGAACGACGUAGAGGAGCAGCAGCGUGGUCGAGAAGAUCAUCAGGUAGUUGAUCCUUUACUACACAACAACAUAAAGCGUGACACAGACGGAACGGUGACCAAGAGACCGCUCCCGGUGGGCCGGGUUUACCAGAAAGACAGCGACUUUCUCGACGACCCAACGGUUUGGGAGACCGCUGCCGCUGCGGAUUCCGCAGCGGCUGAUGAAGAAGAAGAAAAUCAGACGAACGAGGAAACGAAAGACGAAAGUGCGAAUGCUGCAGCAGCAAAGAAAAGCCACCUGACCAUCUUCCUCGAGAUCGUGGGCUGGUCGCACAAGAGCGUCCUUGGCCUCCAUCCGACCGCCAGGAUCGGCUUCAGUUCGAACCAGCACGGCGGGGGGUCGUUCUCUGGAGGGAACUGCAAUUCGUCUCCCGCAGGGUUAUUUAGUAGCGGCAUUCCUGGCGGUUCUCCGAAGAUGUCUUCAGGCUCGCAAUUCAUCCCGCAGGAAGCCUCCUCCCCUCUCGGUCCGAAAGGAAGAGGACCGGACUUCGUGUACUCCGCGGACGACUUUCCAUCUUUGCACCACACGGUGAUUCACCAACCCGGCAGCAGUCCCAGCGCUUCAGAAGCCACGGCGACACCGAACAGCAUCACGAACCGACGGGCGUCGAGCGGGCGGCAAACGUCGACCACGACCAACCGGGGCCGGCAGACGAGGCGCCGCCAAUCGAUCGCGAGACAGCAGCUGUUGCAGGAGCAAAAACGGUUAGAAGAGCUCAGGAGGAAGCGGGAGCGAGACAUCGACGAUUUGGUCUUCACACACAUUCUGAACCACCCGCAACUUUCCGCCGCCUACCUGCUGCAACGACAGGCGACUUUCGCGAAUUUCGAGGACACGGCCGGGGAUUUGCUCUCGCUCUCCCGGUUUUUGGAGCGCGAGCAAGCGGCGCAGCAGAAGCUGAAGGAGGAGAGAAUGCUGCAGAAGACGCUGCAGAAAGUGAUGCAGAAACAACAGGCAUUGGCGGAGCAAAAUUUAAGUCAGCAGCAGGCGGGACAUCAACAACUACACCAGAGCCGGCUCAUCUCCAACGAACAAACGACCCGAGAAAUUGAACUUUUGGAGACCGAAAACCUACAAAUCCGGCAGCGACACGAACAGGAGAAAGAGGAGCUGCUGUUCCAGCUCUACUGCAUCGGCGGCUUCAGUGGGUUGCUGCUCAUCGUGUUCGUUUUGUAUGUGAUUCUGCACCCGCGACCCGAGGAUCCGCUGAAUGCGCCGGUCUUUAUGGAUCAUGACAGUGAAGAGAGCGACCACGGGCUAACUGGCGGCGACAACAUGGCGAGCGGGGGUGACCUGAGCUACCAGCGGAUCCAGCACAUUAAGGACAUGAUGCGGGACAUCACCGAUUUAGAAACCGCCUAUGAAGAGCAGUUCAUCGAGGCAGUGAGAAAGACAGAGUCCUCCUCCUCUGUGGGAGCAGGGUUGAGCGCCGAAGUCGUCACGACCUCCAGCAUGGGCGGGAAUAACGGGAAGCAGGGAAAGCAAUUUACUGAGAAAGCGUUGAACGAACGAGAAGCAGCAGCUCCGGUUGAUGUCCAGAAUGGAGGGUCAUCCUCUUCGUCUUCUUCUUCUUCUUCUUCUUCUUCUUCUUCUGCGAAGUAAGGUUUGUUGGGAGGCUUUUUCGCACUUAAGUAAUCAUCCGGCCCAGUAGUGUCCGCCCCCACGUCGCCGUGAUCAUUCUGCGAAACAGACACGACCAUUUCGACUGAUGCUAUUAGUUACUAUGCCUACUGAACCACAACCAGCUUUCCACCCUCGCUAUGCUCCUGGUUUAAAAAGAACGACACUUUUUACAUUAAUUUUGCAGUAUGUGCUAGCGUCGCUCUCCUUCUCCGCGUCGCCGGUACAGUAAUAGAUGACGGCUUCAAUAUCGCGUACAGUAGAUGAAAAUAAGAGCCACGCUAAUAUCAUUCUGUGCCAGCUUGUGACACGCCUGUACCAUAAUUACUAAUAUUCAAUGUACUUCUACUACUUACGCACAAACAAUAUAAAAUCAAAUUUUGCCAGACCAGUUACAGACAGGCGAGUUCGCUGUUCUUGUAGGCUGCUUGCAACGAGGUGAACAAAUGUCCAAGCAGAAGAGAGCAGCGUUUCUGCCUGAAUGCCAUUCAUAUGGUACAGCCGAUCUCUUCUGGAAAACUGCUCCCGGCAUUUGACAAGUAGCAGUCACGGGAACUCGACGCUCCUGCAGCUCUAUAAGGUAUAUUUUGCUUCCGCAUGCCGCCAGAAGAAACACUUUUUGUUGAGGUAAACAGCCGUUUGCAAACUUUCGUUUCUUUUUUGCCCGACCACUUAGAAUACAGAACUUUCCAACUCUCUUUAUGCAGGUGAAUGAUCGACCACGACUGUGCUAAUGAUUUUCAAGACUUUCACUUUCAUCUCAUGCCUUCUAGAAAUCAACAACCGCACGGCCCUCUUCAUCUUCUUAAAAUGUAAAAGCUACGUCGCCUUUUCUCGAGUAAAAUGCCAGCACGAUACGUCGACACUUUGCGUCGCAACGAUAGACAAAUCAAAUCAACAUCAUGAACUGGGUCAUCAUGCUGAAGCAUCGAUUUUCGCUCUUAUGGUGGCUGAUUUGAGAACAAGAGUAAUGUGAAAAUAUUUUUUUUGACUGUCAAACGAACCCGCUUUCAUGAAUGUUUCUUCGAGAUACGGUCGUCCGAUGAAUGAAGUUUGCAAAAGGAAAAGGACAAUGUUGAAUGAAGCAAUUUCUAAGUAUGUCUCUGCAACACGCACCAAAUUUUUCGAAUGUCAUGUUUAUAGAGACAAUACGAAUACAGAUAUUGAUAUCAUUAUCAAUAAGGCGUCAAGAGGUUUGUUCCGCGCGUGUUGUCG